GACAACAUCUUCUUCCAUCGACAACAGCAUCUCCAUCAAUAUCAUCUCCACACAGCAUCUCCAUUCACUAGCAUCUCCAACACAACAGCUUCUUCAUCAAUAUCAUCUCCACCACAGCUCUUCAUCAAUAUCAUACCAACAACACAUCUCCGUCAUAUCGAUCUCCAACAACAGCAUCUCCAUAAAUUAUCAUCUCCACAACAUCUCUCCAUCAAUUCUCCCCAUCAUACUCAUCUCCAACAACGCUCUUCCAACAAUGUCAUCUCCCCACAACACCAUCUCCAACAACAUCUCGAUCCAUAUCAUCUCCAUCAAUACAUCUCCAUCAUAUCAUCUCCAUCAAUAUCAUCUCAACACAUCAUCCCAUCACAUAUCAUCUCCAUCAAUGCAAUCAUCUCAACAACCGCAUCUCCAUCAAUAUCAUCUCCAUCAUAUCUUCUCCAUCAUAUCAUCUCCACAACAGCAUCUUCCAUCAUAUCUCUCCAUCAACAUCGCAACACAUCUCCAUCAUAUCAUCGACAACAACAGCUCUCCACAUAUCAUCUCCUCAUAAUCCAUCCCAAACAGCAUCGACAUCAAUAUCAUCUUCAUCAAUAUCAUUCCCACAACAGCAUCUCCAGCAACAGCACUCACACCGCAUCUCGCAUCCAUAGCAUCUCCACAACCAACAGCAUCUCCCUAAUAUCAUCUCCUCAUAUCUCUCCAUCAAUAUCAUCUUCAUACAAUAUCAUCUCCAAUACCCAGCAUCUCCAACACAACAUCUCCAUCAAGCAUCUCACAACAGCAUCUCCAUCAAUAUCUAUCCAACAAAUGAAUCUCCACAACACAUCUCCAGCAUUCUCUCCAACACAGCAUAUCCAUCAUCUCAUCCCAUCAUAUCAUCUCCAACAACGGCAUCUCCAACACAGCAUCUCGGCAAUAUCAUCUCCAACAACAGCACUCCAUCAAAUAUCAAUCAACAACGCAGCAUCUCCAGCAACAAGCAUAUUCCAUCCAUAUCACUCCAUCAUAUCUCGCCAUCAAUAUCACUCCAUCAAUAUCAUCCCCAUCAUAUCCUCUCCAACAACCAUCAUCUCCUCAAUCUCAUCUCAACAACAGCAUCUCCACAACAGUAUCUCCAUCCGACUCAUCUCCAACAACACUUCUCUCAAUCUCACUCACAAUAUCCAUCCCAUCAUAUCAUCUCCAACAACAGCAUCUCCAUCAAUAUAUCCUCCAAUAACAGCAUCUCCAUCAUAUCUCUCCACACCAUCUCCAUCACAGCAUCUUCACAAACAGCAUCUCCAUCAAUAA